AUGGCUUCUCCCACUCCCGCUCCUGCUCCACCCUCCUCGCCGGCCUCCCCGCCGGAUGCCGCCACCCAGCCCGCUCCCGCCACCAAACACCCUCCGGCCACCCAUGCGCCGGGCCUAGCCCUCUCCACCAACCCCCUCGACGAGCUGCUCCCGACUGUCGCUCCUCCACCUUCGCCGUUUUUUGAUCUGCCCUAUGUCAAGGCCGGGCAGGUCGCGCUCCGAUGCUUCCUGGGUUGUGGCAAUGCCAUGGGAGUGGAGUUUGAAGACGACUGCUGUUACUACCUCCGCCUCGACAUCACCACCCCGGCCCUCCACCUCGCCUCGCCGCUCUACAUCACCUUCAACUACUCCAACCGCCACCUCAACGUCACAGUCGUGGCUGCUCUGCUCCAGGCCAUUCUGGGUGGCUCUGCUGCCCAUUUCUUCGUCGUGCAAUGCUCCCCCCUGAUCUUCCGUUUCCACGUUGCUUCUGCGCGCGUAGCAGAGAUCAUCCUUGCCCAAGCCCCACUCCGCUUCCGCAACUACUCCUUCUCCUUCGCUAGAACCUUGCCACCGCUCCCGCCUCCUCCUCGCUCUACGGCAACAUGCAUGACUCUUGCUCAGCUUCUCCAAAUCCCCGACGAUCUGGGUGAUCACUUCGAAAGGGUCGCAUGGGCACAAUGCAGAUCUCCGGUCUCCAUUCUCACAACCACACAGCUGCAUGGAUGCCGCAUGUAUGCGCGUGUCAUCCAGUUUCCUUUUGACCUAGACGCCUCCCUGAUGAGCCUCAUCCUUGCCUGCCUCUUUGGCGGCAUCCACCACCUCUUCAACGUCACGGAUGAUGGAGACUCAUGUUUCUCCUUCACUGUUGUGUCGCCUGACGUUGCCUCGCUCAUCACUUCCAUGGGCGACUUCAGGAAGCUGGGCAUGAUGAUCCGCUUCCCAUGGCCUCUGCCUUGGGGUGCCACCUGCUGCUUGUCUCCUCGGGUGGCAUUGCCAUCGUCUGCUGGAACCGCAUCAUCCUCGCCACCGCUGGCCGAUUCUGCACUGCUGCCACCUGCGUCCACAACUCUUGAUCUACCCAAGGAGCGUCGACAACGGCCUGGUAUUAGCUUUUUUAUUCUUGCACAAGCCCACGCGCCACAACAGCUCCCUGCGGUCGCACGCUCGCCGCACGUCCGCCCUGCUCCGCAUGCGCCUGGGACCCACCCCAUGCAUAGUGAUGACCGUGCGGCGCUCUCUGACACACCAAAUCUUGGAAAAGAUCCGUACACUGUGCCGGAGUCGCCGCACGCGACCUGA